AUGUCCGCAGAUCGUUCCUCACGACGUAAGGAGAUGGAUUUUAUGAAGUUGAUGAAUGGCCCACGAAAGGUGCAUCCAUCUAAUUCUGUCUCAGAGUUUUGGGUUGAGUUUAAUGGACCCGAAGGAACAGCCUACGAGGAUGGCACGUGGUUUAUUCACGUCCAGCUUCCAGCUGAUUACCCAUUUAAGUCCCCUUGCAUCGGAUUCAGCAACAGCAUUUAUCACCCAAAUGUGGACGAGGCAAGCGGGUCUGUUUGUCUGGAUGUGAUUAAUCAGACAUGGACACCCAUGUAUGAGUUGCAGAACGUCUUCGAUGUUUUUCUCCCGCAACUCUUGCGGUAUCCCAACGCCUCUGACCCUUUAAACUCCUCUGCCGCUUCCAAGUUGCUUCAUGACCCUAUUGCCUAUGUCUCUAUUGUCCGCGAACAUGUUUCAAGACAUGCCACAAGAGAAGUGGCGCUUGGGAGCAUCCCUUUGGAGUUCCGACCGCUGCAGGAGGACGCGGUGAGAGCGAAUGAAAAGACCCGAACGGUGUUGGAGGAUAGUUCCCCAGCCACCUCCAAGGGUCUAACAGAAGCCCCGAACUCCUGUGUUGACAGCGAAGAGGAAUAUGAACCGGAGUCGAUUGAUAUCUGA